AUGAAAUACUUGGUUGCUUUUGGCUUGCCUUCCUUCUUUUUACUAAAUACUGGUGACCAUCGAGUUUCUCUCACUCCAUCUUUUUCAUCAUGGUCUCUCUUACUAUCUCUCUCCUUUUCAUCGUCUUUUCUCUCUCUCUGUCCUUUUUCUCUCUGUCUUUCUCUGUCCUUUUCUUUUCUCUCUCUCUCUGUCCUUUUCAUCGUCUCUCUCUCUGUCCUUUUCAUCGUCUUUCUCUCUCUCUCUGUCCUUUUCAUCUCUCUCUCUCUCUGUCCUUUUCAUCGUCUCUCUCUCUGUCCUCUCUCUCUGUCCUUUUCAUGUCUCUCUCUCUGUCCUUUUCUCUCUCUCUCUCUCUUUUCAUUGUCUCUCUCUCUGUCCUUUUCAUUUCUCUCUCUCUGUCCUUUUCAUCGUCUCUCUCUCUCUCUCUGUCCUUUUCAUCGUCUUUCUCUCUCUCUCUGUCCUUUUCAUCGUCUCUCUCUCUCUGUCCUUUUCAUCGUCUCUCUCUCUCUGUCCUUUUCAUCGUCUCUCUCUCUCUGUCCUUUUCAUUGUCUCUCUCUCUCUGUCCUUUUCAUUGUCUCUCUCUCUGUCCUUUUCAUUCUCUCUCUGUCUCUCUCUGUCCUUUUCAUUGUCUCUCUCUCUGUCCUUUUCAUUGUCUCUCUCUCUGUCCUUUUCAUUGUCUCUCUCUCUGUCCUUUUCAUUGUCUCUCUCUCUCUCUGUCCUUUUCAUCGUCUCUCUCUCUCUCUCUGUCCUUUUCCUCUCUCUCUCUCUGUCCUUUUCAUCGUCUCUCUCUCUCUCUGUCCUUUUCAUCGUCUCUCUCUCUCUCUGUCCUUUUCGUCGUCUCUCUCUCUCUCUGUCCUUUUCAUCGUCUCUCUCUCUCUCUGUCCUUUCAUCGUCUCUCUCUCUCUCCUUUUUUUCGCCAUCUCUCUCUCUCUGUCCUUUCGCGUCUCUCUCUCUCUUCGUCUCUCUCUCUCUCUCCGUCCUUUUUGCCAUCGUCUCUCUCUCUCUCUCUCCGUUUUUUGCCAUAGUCUCUCUCUCUCUCAGGUCCUUCCCAUAGUCUCUCUCUCUCUCUCCUCUCUCUCUCUCUCCUUUUUUUGCCAUAGUCUCUCUCUCUCUCUCCGUCCUUUUUGCCAUAGUCUCUCUCUCUCUCUCCGUCCUUUUUGCCAUAGUCUCUCUCUCUCUCUCUGUCCUUUUUGCCAUAGUCUCUCUCUCUCUCUCUGUCCUUUUUGCCAUCGUCUCUCUCUCUCUCUCUCCGUCCUUUUUUCUCUCUCUCUCUCUCUCCGUCCUUUUGCCAUAGUCUCUCUCUCUCUCCGUCCUUUUUGCCGUCUCUCUCUCUCUCUCUGUCCUUUUCUCCGUCUCUCUCUCUCUCUCUCUGUCCCUUUUUUCGUCUCUCUCUCUCUCCGUCAUUUUUGUGUCUCUCUCUCUCUUCUCUCUCCGUCCUUUUUUGCCAUAGUCUCUCUCUCUCUCUGUCUAUCUCUUCUCUCUGUCCUUUCAUCGUCUCUCUUUCUCUCUCUGUCCUUUUCAUCGUCUCUCUUUCUCUCUCUGUCCUUUUCAUCGUCUCUCUUUCUCUCUCUGUCCUUUUCAUCGUCUCUCUUUCUCUCUCUGUCCUUUUCAUCGUCUCUCUCUCUCUCUCUCCUUCCUUUUUCUCUCUUUCUCUCUCUGUCCUUUUCUCUCUCUCUUUUCUCUCUGUCCUUUUCAUCGUCUCUCUCUCUCUCUGUCCUUUUCUUUCUCUUUCUCUCUGUCUUUUUCAUCUCUUUCUCUCUCUGUCCUUUUCAUCGUCUCUCUUUCUCUCUCUGUCCUUUUCAUCGUCUCUCUUUCUCUCUCUGUCCUUUUCGCCAUAGUCUCUCUCUCUCUCUCUCUGUCCUUUUCGCCAUAGUCUCUCUCUCUCUCUCUGUCCUUUUCGCCAUAUCUCUCUCUCUCUCUCUCCGUCCUUUUCGCCAUAGUCUCUCUCUCUCUGUCCUUUUCGCCAUAGUCUCUCUCUCUCUCUCUGUCCUUUUCUCUCUCUCUCUCUGUCCUUUUCGCCAUAGUCUCUCUCUCUCUCUCUGUCCUUUUUUCGCCAUAGUCUCUCUCUCUCUGUCCUUUUCCGCCAUAGUCUCUCUCUCUCUGUCCUUUUCUUAUAGUCUCUCUCUCUCUCUUAGUCUCUCUCUCUCUCUCUGUCCUUUUCUCUCUGUCCUUUCUCUCUCUCUCUCCUUGUCCUUCCCUUUCUCUUUAAGCGAGCAACUUGGAACGGUCAUUACUGCACCAAAUUUCAGUGCAGCAAUUGCCGCUGAGAGCCUCCACAAAGCCAUGGCUGGACUUGGAACCAAUGAUCGAAAAUUAAUCUCGGUCCUGUCACAUCAUACCAAUGAACAACGGCAAGAAAUUGCGAAGGUUUACUUGGAAAAAUACCAAAAGGACCUGCAAGCAGAUCUGAUAUCGGAUCUGAGCGGACAUUACAAAGACACGGCUCUUUCACUGUUCGUGCCGACAAUUCUUUAUGAUGUCAAAGAAUUGAAAAGAGCUAUGAAGGGUUUUGGCACUGAUGAAUCAACCCUUGUUGAAAUUCUCUUUUCUCGAAAAACUGCUACAAUUCAGAAGAUCAAAGAGACUUAUGAAGCAGAAUAUGGUGUCACCCUUGAAGCUGACAUUGAUAGCGAAACUGGUGGAGACUUCCGGAGGUUACUCCUGCAUCAACUGAAAACAAAGAGGGACGAGACGAAAGGACUGGACAUAAAUCUAGAAAUGGCUCGGCAAGAUGCUCAGGAAUUGUAUAGAGCUGGUGAAGGCAGACUUGGGACGGAUGAAUCCAAAUUUGAUUGCAUUUUUUGCAGCCGUAGUUUUGGUCACAUUAAAAAGAUUAUCCAAUUUUACAAGGAAAUUACUGGACAUGAAUUGGAAAAAGCAAUUGAGAGAGAAACCAGUGGGGAUCUGAAAAAGGCUUAUCUCGGAAUUGUUUCCAUGGCUCGAGGCAAACCUCAUUAUUUUGCUGAACGGAUUCAUAAAUUUGUUAAGGGGCUUGGAACAAAAGAUUUGAACUUGAUUCGUGUUAUCAUUACAAGGUCUGAGAUUGACAUGGUCCAAGUGAAAGAGCAGUAUGAAAAGCUGUAUAAUGUUUCAUUGGCCAGCAGCAUUUCUGGCGACACCAGUGGAGAUUACAAAGAACUUCUGUUGGCCCUGAUUGGAGAACGAAUUCCAGGAUAG